ACGGCUCAGGCAGAGUAAGAGUAGUGGCCGUGCAGUGCAGUGAAGCCCGCGCCGCGCCGUUUCACGGGUCCACGACGCCGCCUGGUGGAACCGGUCCACCGUUCACGGCCACCGCCACCGCGGGCGCAGACGCCGAGGCGCGCGCGGCCUCGCCGGAGAAGAGGAGGAGGAUGGCGGAGAAGGCGGUGGGGCACGGGCCCAGGACGAGGAUCCGCGGCGGCGGCCUCGCCGCCGCCCCCACCGCGCCCUCCGCCGCCGCGAGGAGGCUGUCUGCGGUGUCGUACACGGCGGCGCCGAAUCUGACCAAGAAGGUUCCUGACCCGAAGGUUGUGAAGCCAGCCAGGAAAACGACGCCGGUCAAGAAGCGGCCGCAGGUAGAUCAGGCGCAGAAGCAGAGAGAAGAGCUUGCCGCUUUGCAGGAGCAGCUGAGUGGCCUGCAAAAGAAGUUGCUUGAGAAAGAUGAGGCCCUGAGGUCGGCUGAGCACUUGAUUAGCCGAAUCAGCGCGGCGAAUGCAGCGGUCGAUGAACUGAGAGGGCAGCUUACUGAGAAGGAAUCGCAGAUUGAAUCCACCGGAUCAGAAUUGCAUGGUGCAAAGAUUCAAUUGGCAGAGAAACAAGCUGCACUGGAGAAGUUAGAGUGGGAGGCAAAGGUUUCAAGUACAAAAGUCGAAGAGCUCCAAGUAGAUGUGGCGUCUAUGGAUGUUGAAAUCUCUGCGUUAAUGAAGCUAUUUAGAAAAAUAACAGAAAACGACCGAGCCCCUUACUCGAGGGAGAGAGCCGAUGAUUCAUCUUUGGAAUGUGAACCGGUUCAACUUGACGAUAUGGUUGGUGACAUCGACAUGGAGAAGAUGGAGCAGGAAAUGUCUGCAUACGCUACAGCUCUCGCUGCCGCGAAAGACAAUCCUACUGACGAGUUCUUGAAGGCAGUAACAGAGGCAAGACUAAGACUCCAAGCCUUCGUACUCUAAUUUGGAUUGAAGCACUGACAUGCCCUGUACUACCUGAAGGAGUAGCUCUAUUUUGAUGGGCCAUCAUGUGUUAUGCGGGUGUCAUAAUGCAUCUAAACUGACAGCUCUUGCUUCCUGGAUCUCACAUUUCAAAAAGAUCCAUGUUUGCGUUCUGUCGGUCUGGGUCUGUCUGAUGAUGCCACUGAGCUUGUUAUUGUUGUAACUUUGUAAGCUAAGAACCGUAUGACACUAUGACCGAACAUCUGAACAUCUUAGUAGAUGUCACACCGUGUACCAUUUUAGUGAAGGGUGAACAGAAGGUGAGUUCAGUUUACCUGAACGACCUAAAGAUUGACGUUCUCUGUGGUUUGAGCUUUGGAGCCAACUGAA